UAUCAUAUGAUCGCCCGUAACAACAACAGUCAGCUUCUGCACGAGAGAGUUGCGACGUGCGAGUGACAAAGACUGUCAAAUAAGUAUGAUGCUGAUUGCAAUAUGAAACAGCAGGUGUUUUUGUGUCUUCUCUUGGUAUAUACAGCGUAUGGCAACUUAUUUGGAAGUAAAGAUGAUUCUAAUUUGAUAUUGAAGAGUACCGGUCCAGUGGUCCUGGACAUGCCAAUAUGGUUCACAGCUGAAUACCUAGGCUAUGAGGAUGGGGAUGAAUUGAUGUGGGAAUGGACUGACAGUCUUUACUGGAGUACAACACAUUAUGUCAACGCAAAAACAGACAAUUGGACUAUUACCUGUGACCAUGAAAGGUAUUCACCUUAUACAGGAGAGCGAACAGUUGAAGUCAAGGUUAAGGAGAAGGUGGUUGGAUUAAUCUGGAUGACCAAAGCCACAGCUAGAAUAAAUUUCAAUCUCACAGUAUCGCUGAAUGGAAGGAUCACAGUUGUGCAACCAAAUGUUACUAUGCUGGAUCCAAAGUACAUCUCGACUACUAACCAAACAAACCUCACAGCUGUCAUCCAUGACCCUCAUAACUGGCUAAAAAAGCGAACAAAUAUGAUAACAUACUUCUGGAUCAUUGAUGAUAAAGUCCAUGCUUCAUGCUCCACACCAUCAUUAGUUAUCAACAUCACGGAGCCAGGUCAACACAAUAUUCAAGCAAAUGUCAUUGUAGAUGUUUCUGAUCACAUACUAACAACUACAACUACAACAACAACUACUACAACAACCACAACUACAACACCUAAGCCAGACAACCACACAACUACCCCACCACCAACAACGACUACAGCUGCACCUUCCAAUACGACCACCACCGCAAAGCCGCCAGUGCCAAACCAAAGGAGCUGGAAGUGUGAUGGUUACUGGCCAGAGGGUGGACAAGCUGGCUAUGAGAGCAGCACUUUCAAGCUAGGUUACUUUCACACAUACGUCAGUGCAAGAGAACCUAUUGAUCAAGUGAAUGUGACCGGCAAGAAAUGGCUGAAACAUGGUGAACUCCUGAAUUUGACUAUACAGUGUUCAGGAUCUGGCCCAUGGGGCUACUGCCAUAAGGUCUUCUAUGGGACAUAUAAUAUAACUG